UACACACGAUAUCCACUGGCACAAGACAGAAGCUCAUUUCAGCAACGACAAAACAAAGAGUUUCCAGCCAGCCAAUCAGCAUGCGGCAGUCUUUCCAUCAACCAAUGGCAUGCUCUCAUUCUCAUUAUCCCAUCUGUCAUUCCGAACGACACGUGUGCAAGCUUCCUUUGACAAUGACCUGGAUUUUUAUCCAACCACAGAGGUCGACGCUCUCUACAAGGACAACUUUUGAGGUUGGUGAGAACGUGACCUUGCGCGUGGACAUGAAGGACGGUCAAGGUCGGCCAAAGGUCAGUGGAGGGGAUGAGGUCAGAGUGUGGUUCAAGGACGUGGGAAAAAAGAAGUCUGUAGCUGCAAACGUCCUUGACCUUGGUAACGGCUCUUACCUGGCCACAGGUCUUCUUCCCUGGGAAGGAAAAGUCAAGCUGACGAAGCGACCUUCUGCUCCCACCUACCCUACAUUCCGCACCACGAGCCUGAAGACAUUUGCAACCUGACUGAGAUCAACGGCUCGCCAUGGUUCUGCGCUUGGCCAAUCAAAAAGCAGCUCAGUUGCCAAGAUUUCCGGGGCACAAGGGAGCUGCUUUCUAUAACUGACUGGAGACUACCUGUGACGUCACCAGAGCUUGCGGAGUUGGAGCGUUCCUGCAAGGACCCAAGAAUGCGCUUCAUAAAGCCUUCUUUUGAACUGACUGUGAAAAAAGGAGCUCAACCCUUCCCCCAACCCACAAUUCCCUGCCACAAACUUCCGCCACGCCAAACCUGGACACAACAUUCACCUACCGGAUUUUUAUCUGAAGGCACGAAUAAGUGGAAUUUUCUCUCAUGUCGUAAAGAGCGCCCAAAAAACUGCUUCCAGAAUUUGACGCUCCACAUCGUCGGAGACUCCAACAGCAGACACCAUUUGAACCGCUACUGUACAGCGAUGGAGGCUGUGUGGCACGUCAUACAGACGAAGAAAGCCUGGCAUGCACCACUCCGGUGUUCUCACACAAAGGCCGGCUUCACAGCGGACUGGAACCCACACGCUAACCCCUUUAGCUCUUCUAGUACGGACUGGGCCAUGAUGGGGUCACUGGUCCCCUCCUCUCACGUGAUCGAUUCAAUUCCCGCCGAAACCCCGGGCCGUGUUCUGCUGGUGCUACAUCAUUACUUCCACCUGGUCAUGCAUCACGUGACUGCCUUCCAUAACAUGGUCAUCGCCUCCAGGGACGCUGUGGCCAGAUUGCUGGACAGGAACCCAAACGUUCAGGUUUUAGUGCAGGGCCCUCAUGUGACGUAUGUAGGGUGGCCUCAACACUACGUGGGCGGUGACGGCCUCGCAAGAUUCAUGGAAGAAAUCCUUAUUCAAGAGUACCGGCCCUUGCGAGACAGAGUUGUCUACCUUCGGACCUGGGAAACUACCCUAGCCAUGGAAAACCAUCCGUUUCACCCACAAAAUCAGAAUCUCAUCGAUGACAUGAUUUUAGAUUUGAUGUGUGGAAGAUAG